AUACUGUUUUUCAACAUCGUUGUGGUUUCUGUGAGUCGUCUGAACAUUUCGGUCGCCGUGGUGGCGAUGACAAAUGCUGAAAGCACAAAUCCUAAUUUUCAGGAAUUCGAUUGGACAGAGCAGCAGAAAUCCUAUAUCAUCUCCAGCUUCUAUUGGGGUUAUGUAGUGACGCAGUUUCCUGGCGGCUAUCUGAGUCGACGUUUUGGCGCUAAGAUAGUAAUGACGAUUGCCGUGUGCGGCUCAGCUGUGUGCAGUUUGCUCACGCCUCUGCUCGUGACCAUAGGUGGUUGGCAGAUAUUUUGCAUUAUACGCAUUAUACAAGGUCUUUUCCAGGCCGCGCUCUUUCCAGCCAUACAUGAGCAUAUUGCGAAAUGGUCACCGCCGCAAGAGCGUAAUAUACUCGGUGCGCUCACUUAUUCUGGCGUUGAUUGCGGCACGGUAUUGGCUAUGCUUGUGAGCGGCAUGAUAGCGAGUAGUACGCUCGGUUGGCCGGGUAUUUCGUAUAUUUCCGCUGGCCUUGGUUUCGGCUGGUCUGUGCUUUGGUUGAUUUUUGCCGCCGAUUAUCCCCCCUUAUCGCGCUUUAUAACGGAGGCGGAGUGUCGGUAUAUUGAGAAAUCUCUGCGACGUGACGAUGACUUUCAUGCAAAGAGAGUGCCUGUGCCCUGGUUAGCCAUGUUUACAUCGGUGCCCUUCCUGGCGCUGCUGAUAGUGCGUUGCGCUGAAACGUGGGGUUUUUGCACUGUACAAACACAAAUACCGUCAUAUUUUAAUGGUGUUUUCAGUAUGAAUAUUAAGAGUAAUGCGCUUUACUCGGCUCUACCGUAUAUAGCGCGUUGGAUAAUGUCCUAUACAUAUCUCUACUUUGGCAAUAUGGCUGUGCGGAGGGCGUGGCUACCCUUGACGGUGGUGCGUAAGAUCGCCAACUCGAUGGCUUUGUGGUUGCCCGCUUUCAUCAUGGUCGGCAUUGGCUUUUUGGAUGACACAAACCAGGCGUGGGCUAUUACGCUUAUGACACUGAAUGUCGGCUUCAAUGGCGGUGUGACGAUUGGUUGUGUGCUCAGCACCAUAGAUCUGUCACCAAAUCAUGCCGGCGUUGUUAUGGGUAUUGUGAAUACUUUGGCCAAUAUGGUAUCGCUAUUGACGCCCUUGGUUGUGGGGUUUAUAGUAACAGAUGUGCAAAAUCGUUUUGAAUGGCAAAUUGUUUUUAUUAUUGCUGCAUCGAUUUUCUUUUUGGGUAAUCUUAUAUAUGUUAUUUAUGGCACAGCUGAGGCGCAACCAUGGGAUGCACCCGACUUCUUGCUGAAGAAGAAUAUUGAAGAUCCAACAAGCGUAACGAAAUCAUCUUUUAGUGGUUGUAAGAGUGCAUUUAAUGUCAAAACGAAGGCUACUGAUUGUAAGGUGAACUCAAUGAGUGUGGAAAAGUUAGGUUAGAAUGGGAGAAAAGUAUAUGGGAGGGAUUUUAUGAUUAAUUUAGUCACUUGUACU